CUAUACUACAGUUUUGCAUUAUUACUGAAGUGAAUAUAAUUUUCCUUUAAAUUGUAAAAAUUUUGCAAUAGAAAUUUCUUAAAAGAAACACUGAUCGAUUCCCGAAGACUACAAACUCAAAAUCGAAACAAGCAAACAUAAAGAAAACAAACUUUGGAUGCUCUGGAUGCUGGAAGACUAAGGAGGUGUUAAGUUCUAUAUUGCUUGGUAAUUUUCAAUGGACAAUAACCCAACACCAGGAACACCAGACAAUGGCGAGGAUUUCCUAAGCCGUAAUAUACUUUUUUUACGAGAAUUUGGUGCAGAACAGGUGAGAGUUGUUUUCCGAAGUGUCCUGAGAGACUUUAAUCAACCAAAUGAAAUGCCUGUAAUCAGAAGAAAACCAGAUUUAAGAAUAUUUCGCCAUACAAUGAUGUACAAAGAAAUUAAAGCGCUAUGUGGUUUGCCAGCGACCAGCAAAAAACCUAGCGAAAGCUGGUCUUUGACGCGAGCUUUAAUGAAACGUGAAAAUGGCAUGACGGGAUUUCGAACAGGGUCAUUCACAGAUAAUCAACAACGACGCAUUGCGAAUCUGUUCAUUCCCAACAAAAAAAUCGACCGUUUGAUGUCACUUGAGUCCAAAAUAUUUGUAUGCAAGUUCAAUUCAGAUGGAAGCAAACUGAUCACUGCCUCCCAAGAUGACAUUAUUCGUAUAUUUGAUGCUUCCAAAGGCACAUAUUACCGCAUUAAACGAUCCGAAAUGAGAAACGUUAAUUCGAGUAUUUUAGAUAUAGAUUUUAGUCCAUGCAGUCGUUAUUACGCAUACUCUACCUGUUUAAACUAUUUUUUUGUGGUGCCGACGGAUUCAGCCUCUAAUCACAUUCAGUUGUAUGAUGUAAACAUAGGCCGUAAUCGGACAGCAAUGUUUUCAAUACGAUUUUCCCCUUCCGAUGGAGGACGCACCCUAGUUGGUGGUUGUGAUAAUUCCACAAUUUUUAUAUGUGAUCGAGAAACUAGCUCUGUGCGAGCUCUUCGAACCCAACAUUUCUCAUCUGUAGACAUAAAUGCAAUCAGUUACGUUAGCGAUCAAGAUUCCAAUCUGGUUGUCAGUGGUUGCAGUAACGGUUUUAUUAAAUUAUGGGACUUACGAUGCAAUUAUCGUGCAGAUAAAUCCGCUAGCGUUUUCGUGGGACAUCUUGAUGGUAUCACGUACAUUGAUCCUCGCAACGAUGGCCACUACCUAUUGAGCAAUGCGCGCGACCAAUGCAUCAAAAUUUGGGAUAUACGCCAACCGACACCAAAUAGCCAAGUACAAAAAAAUCCAACUAGCCCCCUAAUAGAAUGGGAUUAUCGCUGGGGUCAACCACCACGGGAAUACUAUAAUCCAAAAGUAGUUUUAGAUGGCGACGUCAGUAUAAUGACCUAUCGAGGGCACCGGGUGUCAAAGGCUCUGUUACGUGCUAAAUUUUCACCUAGACUUCAAACUGGUCAACGGUACAUUUAUACAGGUUGCAGUACCGGUAGGAUUAUUGUUUAUGACGUACUCACAGGCAAUAUAAAGGAGGCUAUCGAGAGUCAUCGCAACGUGGUUAGUGAUCUAGAUUGGCAUCCACACCGUUCGGAAAUAGUCUCAGCAUCGUGGGAUGGCCACGUGAAACUCAACGGAUAUCGUAACAAACCUAAUCUUAAACGACACAAUCCAGAGAAAACCAGUCGUCCGCUACGCAGAUCUCGGCGUAUAGCCGACAGACAAAGACAAUCGUAUGAAGAAAGCGAUGAAGGUGACGAGCUUAACAAUUGGUAGCAUGCAUUUUAAGAGAUUUUCGUGAGGAUGCAAUGCAGAGAGUACGUACAAGAACUUACCCAGUUCACAUACAUAA